CUGAGAAAAAGUAUACCCCUAUCAUCUUUGAUGCACACAGUUUAUAUAAAGCUGAAUCCAUAUUACAAACACCGACAAAAGUUCUUCAGGUGUUUACGUUCUGUUGACUCUAUAGAUUGUCCAGCACAUAGCAAAUGAAUGCAGUGACGUCUUGGGCAGACACCGUUACCAGUCCUCUCUACACUCAUCUGUUCACAAACUACAAUCCUCGCCUUUUACCUAUGUGUACCCCUGACGAGAAAGUAACAGUCUACAUGGGUACCGCUCUCAGACAGAUGAUGAAUGUGAACGAAAAAGACCAAAUUUUGAAGAUCAACAUUUGGCUAAGACUGAAAUGGUCAGAUUGCCGCCUGAGUUGGAACAGUUCACAGUUCAAUAACAGUCAUUUAGUGGUCCCUUACGAUACUGUGUGGACCCCCGAUAUAACGCUAUACGACAGCUCGGCCGAGGAAGAGAUGAUGCCCGGUAGGACAGAUUACAGAGCCACGAUCUACCCUAGCGGUAUGGUUUAUUAUAACUUCCCCACAGUCCUACAGAGUGUGUGUCUCGUUAAUGUUCUCUAUUUUCCCAUGGACACCCAGAUCUGCACCCUCAAGUUUGGAUCGUGGUCCCACAGCGGAAGUGAACUUGACCUCUACCCGAGUACAGAUCAGGGUAGGCCAAUAACCGAUUUAACAAAUCUCGUCUUGCACAACGAAUGGGAUGUUGUCUCAAUGAAAGCAAUCCGGAAUGUCUUGUAUUACCAAUGCUGUCCGGAUCCAUACCCAGACAUUACGUUUUCCCUAGAAAUCAAAAGAAAGCCGUUGUUCUACAUCAUGAGCAUCCUGUUCCCCUGUAUUCUAACUGGUUCGGUGGCAGCCCUCGGAUUCGCUCUUCCUCCGGAGUCCGGAGAGAAAGUAUCCUUAGAAGUCACAGUACUGUUGUCCUUAGCUGUGUUUCUACUUAUGGUUACCGAACAACUUCCGGCCUCCUCCGUCAAUUUUCCGUAUGUGGGAAUGUAUUUCACCACCUCCAUGAUUCUUGUGUCGUUUUCGUGUGCAAUGACAGUAUUGGUUCUAAACAUUCAUUUCCGUGGUGCAACAGGAAAUAAAUUACCUGACUGGAUGCGUAGACUAUUUCUAAACAGAUUAGCGUGGGUUGUAUGCGUGAAGACUGGGAAAAGAGAAAAUAAAGUGCAUUCGGAGAAGAAUCAUUACCAGAGUCAGAAGGAGCCAAAUCAAAACACUUUUUCCAAUAAAAUGGACGUUGAGGACACAACAAAUACUCAAACAGUCAAUGGAAAUCUUCCUAAUCAACCUCGACUACCGAGUAUUGUGACGAACACUUCAUCACGUGACCUUCUUCUCAGGACAGGUGAUCCAAUGCUUUCUUUACUGACAGAACAAUCCGACACUUUAAAAAAGAUCGAAGGCCACAUGCAGAAAGAUGAGUCGGAAGAACAGACCAACAACGAGUGGUACUUGUUGGCCAAAGUGCUGGACAGAAUAUGCUUAUAUGUAUAUAUUUUCAUGACAAUUUUGACUUCCAUUAUUUUCUUAGCAAAAAUGGGCGGAGCUUGAUAUUUCAAAAUUACGUAUAUGGUGAAUUUCAUGGAUAUUAGCGUACUCCCGCCUCUACUUCGGUCGUUUACGCUGCUGUAUUGACGAACAUGCUCCAUUUAAGUGGUGCUGGUGAUACUAGGCUUGUGAUAAUUUAUGUGACAGAUACCUUGUAGUAUUAUCAACUGUGUCCCUCCCAUAUGCCUGUGUUUGAUUGUCGUACAUUCUUAGUAAAGUAAACGAAAUGAACUAUUAUAUGGUGAUAAGAAAUCUUGAAGGGAAAGCUUCAUUUUAAUCAAAUUCUAGAUUUUUCUCAAUCAAAUUUGGUACAUCUCCAUCAAAAUCUUGAAAAAUAAUGUCUGAUGUAUAAUAAAAAUGAAUAAUUUGCUACAUCAUUUUGCAUUUUAUAUUAAUAGUCUUUCGUUCGUUAUCUUCACUUUUUCGCAUUGUCUUAGAUUUGAAACAUGGAAAGCAUAUACAUAUAUUGGGAAAAGGAAGGUGUUAUCGCGUGUUGUGGUUGCCGUUACUUGAGUGUUCGUGUCUGCAUGAAUGAUGUAUUUUAUUGUGUCAAUUGUUGAUGUAUUUGUUGUGUAUGGAUUUUGAAAAUAUGUGCACAAUUAGUCAUGUCAACUUAAAUUCUGUUAAAAAAGAGA